AUGUCUGGUGCAAGUAUAACAAACGCGAAUUAUUCAGAGGCCUGCAGCGACGAUGGAGAACAGACGAGAAGGAGUACGACUCAGAUCAUGGGUAGGUUCUCUGCAAAGUUCUGGCAGAUAGCAAAUGGGCGCCUUACAGAAACGUUUCCUAUCAUCCAAAGAUUUGACGAUUACGACCUUGAAGAUACUGCGAAAGAAGAUGCGGUGCUCGCGAAGGUCCAAGUGAUUCUGGUAAUCGGGUAUGAAGAAAUUCUCGUCGAGUGGCCAACCCCACAGCGUCAAAGGGAAACCCUUGGGUUUGGGACGUGUUCUAUGGGCUCCAAUUGGGAAGGGUUUUACGAUGCGAUUGCCUGCUAUCUCGUAUGCGUGAGGAAGGGUGGAACAUGA